CCUUACAUCUCACCAAGCAAAGAAAAAUAAACCACUACAAAGUACCAGAGUACAACACAUAUAAUAGCAAUGGCACACUGUGGAAGCAACUACUACGAGAAGGAGGUCAUCCGUGAGAGGCCAUGCGACUCUUACUCUGAAUACAGCAGGGUUGAUGGUGGAUAUGGAAGGCCUAGCUACCCAAUCGGCCACCGCCACCACAACAAUGUGGUGAGUGAUGUUGUGUAUGAGAGCAGCAGCAUCCCUAGCUAUGGUCACCACCACCACCAUGGUGGUGCCCACAACAACGUGGUGACUGAAGUUGUGUAUGAGAGCAGCGCCAUCCCUAGCUAUGGCCACCACCACCACCAUGGUGGCGCUGAGAUUAUUGAGAGGAAGGAAGAGCGUAUUGUUUAUGAGAACGAGUACGAUCCAUACAGGAGGAUGUGCUAAAACAGUGCAGCAAAUCAGCUCCUGCCUGCAACAACUGACAGCAAUUAAUCAAAUAUGAGUAUUAGUAAAAUAAGUUGCUCAUUAUUCCAGUACUACCAUGUACGAGUACUAUAAAUCGUAUUGUACUCCAUUAUUUCUAUGAUUAAUAUGGCAUUUACUUUCUGCAAA